ACGAGCAUUACCUCACCUCACCUACCUAUCAUUUCCUUCCCUUGUAACGGAAAUACGAACCGCAAACGCAAGAAGAUGAGUUUAUGUACCGUGUAGACCAACCCCACCAAGCGAACAUCAACAUCCCACCCGACCAAUCACCACUAUCCCUCCAUCGGAACCACCCACCUACACAUAAACCCUCAUCCCACGAAACGAACCACCACCCUCAACAACACACCACACCCAUCCCAUCCCAUCUCCGCCCACGCACCCAUACAAUCAAUUCCCAAUCCCUCAAAAGCAGUUUACGGAGUACCACAAGUCACAAUGUCCACCCCAGCGACUCCGAAUCUGGAAGAAAUCGCAACGCCAGAAUCCUGCAUCGCAGACUUCUGCCUCAUCCCCCUCGGCACGCCGACGCCAUCCGUCGCCCGCGAGGUCGCCGCCGUCCAGCGCCUGCUCGCAAAGAGCGGUCUGAAGUUCUCCCUGCACAGCGCGGGGACUACCGUUGAAGGCUCCUGGGACGACGUCACGCGCGUGAUAGGCCAAUGCCACGCGCUGAUCCACUCGCAGGGUGUCGUGAGGAUACAGAGCUCGGUCAGGAUCGGCACGAGGACGGAUAAGAAGCAGGGGUUCCAGGAUAAGGUGGAUGCGGUGGAGAAGCUUUUGAAGGAGGAGGAGGGUGGUGCAUGAGUUGUAUUGAAAAUAGAGAUGGGGCUUAUUUUGAAAUUCGGGAACGGAAUUGAAGUAUUUCCGGGAUUGUAGAGUAUGUUAGAGAUGUGUAUAUGUUGGCUUGUGCUCUCGGGUAAGCCCACAGUCGCACGGAUGGGGGCUAUCAAAGUCGUCACGUGAGGGUGCAUUCACCUCAUCGGCAGACGCGUCUACCACGACGUCCCUGUGAAUAUUUGAAGGCAUUGUCCUCCGUAAACAACCCUCUCUCCAACAAUCUAAUCAUGGCGACAACGGAAGCUAAUCGCCAACCUGAAUGGGUCACAAGAACAUUCGAAAAACAAAGCUCCACCCCCUUCCCUACCCCAAGAGCCAUGGCCGCUAUCCCACUCGACGAGUUGGGGGAUUGACUGGGGUUCGGACAGAGUUGAGAGCGAAGAUAGGCUAGCCAACGUGUACGAUGAAGGUGCAAUGGCACGUGUAGGGC